GAGAUAGAACAAGACGACGAAAUAAAAGAAGACUUUCUGCGGAACCCAUUUCUUGGGCUGAGCCUAACACGGAACUCAUAGAGGCUACACUUGGAAUGCUACCCAGCUAUCUGUAGCUAACCCCGCCGGUUCCUGCUCACAGUUAAUGUUACACACCUUGCGUUCUCGAUAGGUUAACUUCCAUUGUUAACUUGGUCAAUUUAGCUAACUGCCACGGAGCUGAAUGACAGUGUUUAUACUGUCUGUGUGUUAUGGUUUUGUAAAUAUUCCAUGCAGCUGAGGCGCUAAAAUGAGAGAAGGAGUGUGUGUUGUGUGACUCAGCUCUUGUGUAGCCAUGGAGAAGCCCUGGAGGCUGUGGGGGGCAAUUGAGCAUUGUACCCUGACUCUGGUCUCCUGGUCCUGGGGUGCUUGCCGGGUCUCCCUUUUGGCACUCAUCCUCACCUUCCACUUGUAUGGAGGAUUCUUUAUCCUAGCCCUUAUCCUAGCCUCUGUUGCUGGCAUCCUCUACAAAUUUCAGGAUGUCCUUCUCUACUUCCCUGACCAGCCCUCCUCCUCUCGCCUUUAUGUUCCCAUGCCAACAGGAAUCCCACAUGAAAAUGUGUAUGUUCGCACUAAGGACGGCGUGAAACUUAACCUCAUCCUGCUUCGCUACACGGGAGGGGAUACGCCUCCUGGAGUUGCCCCUGGCAAUCAAAGUAGCCCUGCUUCCUCAGCUCCACCUACCAUCCUUUAUUUCCAUGGUAAUGCAGGUAAUAUUGGUCACAGGGUGCCAAACGCCCUUCUGAUGCUGGUCAAUUUGAAAGCCAAUGUGGUGCUGGUGGACUACCGUGGCUAUGGAAAGAGUGAGGGUGAGCCCAGUGAAGAUGGGCUGUACCUGGAUGCCGAGGCCACACUGGACUAUGUCAUGACACGUCCUGAUCUGGACAAGACAAAGGUGGUGCUAUUUGGCCGCUCAUUGGGAGGUGCUGUUGCUGUUCGCUUAGCGUCAGUCAAUCCUCACCGUGUGGCAGCUAUUAUUGUUGAAAACACCUUUCUCAGCAUUCCCCACAUGGCAGCAACUCUCUUCUCCUUCUUGCCCAUGCGCCUGCUGCCCUUGUGGUGCUAUAGGAAUCAGUUCCUAUCGUACCGACAGGUGGCACUGUGUCGCAUGCCGUCACUGUUUGUGUCUGGUCUGUCAGACCAGCUCAUUCCGCCAAUCAUGAUGAAACAACUGUAUGAGCUCUCUCCUGCACGGACUAAACGUCUGGCCAUCUUUCCAGAGGGCACACACAACGACACAUGGCAGUGUCAGGGUUACUUUGCAGCUUUGGAGCAAUUCAUGAAAGACCUGCUGAAGAGUCACGCCCAUGAGGAGAGUGCUCAGCCCUCAGCUAGUGUCACCAUUAUCUGAGCAAAAAAAAAAAAAAAAAACUAACUAUGGGCUGCAGGAUGUGAAGGUUAUCGUGGAGGUUGAUUGGCUGGAUUAAACUGAUUUUUGUAAAGAA